GAAAUCUCCUCAGAGUCCGAGAGCGGAAGUCAUUGGCUUCAGCGAAAGGUUCACGUUACUUGCAGGAACACUGAAGAAAGGAGGAAAAGCUGGUAAUUUAGCGGAUAUCAACACCGAUUUUAUUCAGAGAGGUGUCAUAUAAUCUGCUGACGCUGGUAUCACAGUAUUCAUCUCCCCUCUGAAGCUUCAGACGAAGUUCGUCGUGGAAUGUGCUGGCAGCAGUGACUGGCUCAGCGGCAGCGGUGCCAACAGCAGUCGUCCCAUGAGUUUUCUUUUGGCCUGAGCUGUGUGCUUUGGGCUCCGGCCUGGUUCGUCUGGAUCUCGCAGUCAUGGAUCACCCCAGAGAGAAGGAGGGCGAGAGGCCGGUGAGGAGCAGUAAAGUGGCCCAGGGACGCAGCGGGCACUCACGGCCCUCCAGCUCCUCCUCGUCCUCUGGGGUCCUUAUGGUUGGACCGAACUUCAGAGUUGGCAAGAAGAUCGGCUGUGGCAACUUUGGAGAGCUGAAGCUCGGAAAGAAUCUCUAUACAAAUGAGUAUGUUGCAAUAAAGUUGGAACCUGUGAAAUCGAGGGCCCCACAGCUACAUUUGGAGUACCGGUUCUACAAAACAUUAGGCAGUUCGGUAGAGGGUCUGCCUCAGGUCUUCUAUUUUGGACCCUGUGGGAAAUACAAUGCCAUGGUUCUGGAGUUGCUCGGCCCCAGUCUUGAGGAUCUCUUUGACCUGUGUGACCGAACGUUCUCCCUCAAGACCGUCCUGAUGAUCGCCAUUCAGCUGAUUUCCCGCAUGGAGUAUGUGCAUUCUAAAAACCUCAUCUAUAGGGAUGUGAAGCCAGAGAACUUCCUCAUUGGUCGACAAGGAAACAAGAAGGAGCACAUCAUUCACAUCAUAGACUUUGGCCUUGCGAAAGAAUACAUUGACCCAGAAACCAAAAAACACAUUCCUUACCGGGAGCACAAGAGCCUUACCGGCACAGCUCGAUACAUGUCUAUUAAUACACACUUAGGGAAAGAGCAAAGUCGGAGGGAUGACCUUGAGGCUUUGGGUCACAUGUUCAUGUAUUUCCUCCGGGGUAGUCUCCCUUGGCAGGGACUAAAAGCUGACACGCUGAAAGAACGUUACCAGAAGAUUGGGGACACAAAGCGUAACACUCCCAUUGAGGUUCUCUGUGAGAAUUUUCCUGAGGAGAUGGCCACCUAUCUACGCUACGUCCGGCGGUUGGAUUUCUUUGAGAAGCCAGAUUACGAAUACUUGCGGACCUUGUUUACGGAGUUGUUUGAACGAAAAGGAUAUACCUUUGAUUACUCUUAUGACUGGGUUGGCAGACAGAUUCCCACACCGGUGGGGUCGGUCCACGUGGACUCAGGGGCAUCUGCCAUCACGCGUGAGAGCCAUGCACACAUAGACAGACCCUCCCAGCACCAGCCCUUAAGGAAUCAGACGGCCAUCUCCGACCGCAGAGGAGCUUGGGAGGUACAGCCCAACCGUCAGACAAACUCCUCAUACCUGACCUCGCACCUGGCAGCGGACAGGCACGGAGGCUCAGUGCAGGUGAUGAGCUCAACUAAUGGUGAACUGAAUGCAGAUGACCCACUGGCGGCCCACUCGAACGCACCAAUCACAGCGCAGGCAGAGGUGGAGGUGGUGGAAGAGGCCAACUGCGUGAAAAUGCUCAACCUGUGGUGCUGCUGUUUCUUCAAGAGGAAGAGGAAGAAGAACACUCAACGGCACAAAUGAACCUCCGGCCUCACCGCGCAGUCCGUUCCUUUGAUUGUUUCUAGAGCAUUCAAAUAAAGAAAUUUUACAAGACCACAAGAGCAAAGCCCUCCAAACGAGUAGGGGGCUGAUGUAUGAAAACGAAGAGGCAUGCACACGUAGUCUCUGUGGGGAUUGUCAUUGUUUUUGUUUCGUUUUUUUUUUUUUUUUUCACAUCUAAACUUUAAGCAGCGAAGGGCCUCAUCCUCGGACUGUCUCUAGGAUCUCCACUCAAACCUAAGGAUCUCAAAGCACUGGAACAGCGCUGCACUUCAUUUGCUGUUUUGCGUCUUUUUCGUUCUCCUCGUCCUCGGCGGUGGACGUGCUGGGGAGGAAGUCUCUGAAUGUGCCCUCUCAUCCUCUUCCUCCACAAUAGGCACAGUUCUAGCCCUUUGUGUGACAUAGAGAGAGGGAGAAACGGAAAAGUCGCCCAUGAUGGAGCUCAAACUGCAGAACUUUUCCUCCCCCGAGCACCCCCCGGCCCGCUUCCACUCCACACGAGACGGUGGUUUUUGAUUUCACACUUAACCCUUUUGACAUGUUUGUGUAUUUGUUGGCUGAUUGUUGGUUCUCAUGCUGCCAGGAAGUGGUCGAAGCCUUAGAAUAUGACUUGCAGAUUUCUUCGUCGUAUCUAUCGGAGUGAUUUAACGUACAUGGGCAAAGCGCAAAACAUUUACUGAUGCUAGCUUGCCUUUACACGUGAACUUUGUGAAAGUGUGACUUAAGCAGCUGUUUCCACUCGUGGCGCGCCUGCGUUCCACUGACUAGUAUUUAAGCUGCUUGUUCUAAAGCACUCCUCCCACUUCAACCCACCAGCCAGUCAUGCUGCUUUCUCCUCUUACGAUAUCGUACCGCUUUGAAGUACAGCUGGCUGCUUUUCUAUUGGCUGAGGUGGCCAGUAAGACUUAACCUUCUGCGCUUUUGUAUCUUUCUGUCCAUAUAGUCACUUUUUAUUCCCAUGACCAGUUCCUAAUAGAUGUUGUUUUUUUAUGCCUGAACAACUGCUAAAUGUUCAGAAUGAGAACAACCGUUUCAUGUGCCAGAGUGGCUUGGAAAACACCUAAAUGUGUUCAUAUUAGGCGAAAGAUGUCACAAAUAUUGUAAUAACGGCCAUUCAGAAGGCGUUUCCUCGUUUAGUAGUUGUCAUGAGGUGAAACCUGGGAGGACGCAGACUGACGGUAGUGACUGCCACUGCGAAACAUCUCCAUUUAAUGCCUUAACAUUACUCCGCAGAGUGGGCUUCUGCGAUAGGACAUUACGAAAUUCCUCCCAUGCCUUCAUACUGACCUGAUACAUGUCUCAUUCCCUUUAGGAACUUUGCUUGAGAGGGUCUGGAUCAACAAAAUCGAAAACUUAUAAUAACUUAACAUAAAUUUAUUAUGUGGCAGAAAAGGCGUGAAGAGCCGUUGAAAUGGCGUGUUUGUAAACGCUCUCGAGGUUGUUAUAGUGGCCAUAGGCAUAUUCUGAGAUGGGACCGCCCUUGACCUCUUGCAUGGAUGAGGCGGUCCUUUCCUGAGCGCAAUCCUUUAGGCAGGAAUUAUGUAAAAUUGGGUUAAAUGCGAAACAAUUACUGUAGGUCUUUUUUUGUUUGUUUUUUCACUUCAGAAAAUUGGUUGUGAUGUUGCCUUGCUCAUAUUUUGGUUUUACCAUUCACCUGUUCACAGCAUUAAAUCCAUGUUUUUAUUUUUGGGAUCUUUCUAAUGUAUAGUAAAUGUGAAUUAAUGUAAGAUAAAUGAUAUAACUAUUAUUUUAUUUUAUCUUGAUCACCGUACAAAAGUUGAGAGAGAAGCCAUAGGAGUGUGUGACUGCACUAGUUUUUUUUAGGCCCCUGUUUACGUCAGCCUGUAUUCUACUGACCUCUGAGCUCACCUUUCAUAAGUAACAGAGGUAAACAAGGCUUUCUGAAGAAAUUUUCCAUGCCCAUUGUUUUUUGGGAAAUCCUUGAGGGCCUACAGAUGCCUUGCUUGAAUGUUCGAAGCAGUGGAUAAAGUGAGUGUGCUGGACCAAAUAGAUAACGCAAAUGAAAGUAACGCAAAUGGGCACAGAUCCUGUAUUAGCAUGUUUCACCUCUUAACUCAUCAGUUGGGUAAUCCAGCUGUGUGUUUCCACUCGUUUAUAUAUGUAAAUAGUAACAAGGCGAGCUCUCACUGACCCAUUCCUUUUCGGAUUCACCUUGAGGAAUGAUUUCCACCAUCUAAGUACGGGAGUUGCGUUUAAAUCUCGGGUUGGCGGUUAUAGAGGAGUCAACCAACCACGUGUAUAAUACUUUCCAUGUAUUUCUGAUGUGACCGUUAUUUAAUAGAUAUUCCUUAUGCUAGUGAUGCAAGUCACUUUGGGUCUAAAUUAUUCUGUGAAAAGUACUUGAAUAAUACUGUCUCGCACAAGCAUCGAGGCUGAAUUUUAUUUAACGUUCUACUCUUAACGACAAGUAUUACGUGCCUCGCUAGAGUUGAAAGACAAUUUAGUAUUUCUGGAUGUGCACUGUUUGUUAUCGCCAGGUGCGUCUGGCUCUAAGAAGUGAGAUUUUAUUAAAUUAUUUGCAGGAUUUAACCCCUUAAUUCUUGUUAACUCUUCCAAAGUCAGAGUGGGAGGCCUUGGCUUGUUACGAAGCCAUUUGGAAUUGUUUUUCAAUAUGAGCAGAAUGUGAAAUUGUUUAGCUUUGGAUUAAUGAAUGAGGAGGCCAGUCCUACACACGGAAGACUGUGCAGAUGUACUUUGGAAAUAUGAUAAUUUGGAUAAAAAUGACUCAUCCAUGUUAAACACUACAUUUAGACACUGAAACCACACUCUUGAUGAGGGGUGGCUAGAACAGAUGUUAUUCCUUAUUACUGGAAUUUUGGAUAAUGCGAUCAUAAUGACUGCUGGCUCUCGUCAAUUGCAAGGUGAUGACUAUUUCCUUUAAGUUUCCCUUUUUUUUUUCUUUUUUUUUUUUUUUUUUAAAGAUUGUACCAUAUGUUUUUGUACCUUUUUGUUUUAAUAAAGAUGGUGUUUACGGCCUUCUAAGUCCAUUUGAGGUUUAAAUACAAAAUUAUUCCAUGAAAGUGAUUGAUUCCCCAAAACUGAAGUCAUUCAGGAAGCUUUCAGGAUCCUUUUUUGAGAGGUGUACCAUUCCGUUUCCUUUGAAUUGCCUUUGCUUUUGUAUCACGGUUCAGGUCACUUUACUGUGCUGCAGAUUUGCAUACAGAAAGGUAAAUAGUUAUUCUCCUAAAGUUGGAAGUGACAUUAAAUGCAGAUUUUAUGUGCAUGGCUUUUGAUUCCCAAAAGUAAUGGAAACUACUUGUUAAUGGGGCACUGAAGAGCAUUGUGGGCAUGAAGUUGAUACACUGUUAUUCUGUGGCUGCGUGAUGCCUUAAACAUGCUACUGCAAGCCUGACCCCUCUGUACUUUCCAGUUCAGCAGGUAAAUGUCCACUGCGUACUAUUUUGCCACUGUAUACUGUAUUGCCCUUCCAUUGUGUCUGCUCCAGUCAUAGCUUUUUUUCUCUCUGAAAAAAAUGUAAUCAUUCCUGUCUCAAGAUUUUCGUUAUUGUGGGAACUUGUUGAACUUGUUUUUGUUUUAUUUAAUGAUCAGUCUGAUCUGGUUAACUGCUCAUUUUUAAUGACCUCGGAAUGAUUAUAUUACAGGAGUCUGGUAGGAAAGCACUGCAAUAUUUGAAUUCUCUUUUUCACGUUUUUGUAGCGUUUCUUUCAGUAAGGAUGUUUCUGUACUUCAAACAUAUUAAAAAACUGAAUUGUACAGUAAUAGAGGAGUCAUUCUCUUGUUCUGGUAAUACUUACAGAGAUACUUUAAAUUUCAUUGUAUUAUGAAUUUAUUGUGUUGAAAUAUGAAUGUUGCUUAAAUGUAUUUCAAUGAUUUUACUUUGUCAAGGGCUUCAGCUGUGAUGGACCCGUUUUGUUUUCUCCUCUCUCUUUAAAUACAUAUUUUGUUUUUUAAGUUGCAGGAAGAUUAAGGCCUUCAUCUUAAUCUCAUUUAAAAUGCCUAUUUUCCAGAGGAGUCAUAAAAAAAAUUCCAUGCAUAAUCUUUCAAAUGACAUUUUUAUUCCCUCCACUCGUAAAGGGAAACUCAAGUUUGCACCCUUUUUUAUGUAAAAUAAAAGAAAAUGUCUCUUAA